GCUCUCUUGCAAGUCAGACGAUUUACAAAAAAUGUCUCCGCCCGACGGUUCCUCAAACGUUUUGUCCACAAGUGGCGACAAAUAUUGUUUCGCCAUCGAUCGUGGAGGCACCUUCACCGAUGUGCUAUGCAUCUGCCCUGGCGGUCGUGUGCGGACGAUGAAGCUGUUGUCAGAGGACCCGGAACGCUACAGCGAUGCCCCGCGGGAAGGGAUUCGUCGCAUACUAAAGGAGGAAACUGGGGCUGACCUGGCGCCCUCCGGACUCGUCGAUACCUCUAAGAUUGGUUGGGUGCGCAUGGGCACCACUGUGGCUACAAAUGCGCUCCUCGAACGCAAAGGCGAUCCUGUGGUCCUGGUCUGUAACAGUGGCUUUCGCGACCUCCUCUACAUCGGCAAUCAGGCACGACCAAAAAUAUUCGACUUAAACAUAAGAAAACCUGAAAAUCUGUACAAGACCGUCGUCGAGGUUGACUGUCGCAUAGUGCCGGAGCAGAGGGACCGCUGCCAACUGACACACAACUGGAAUGUUUUGGAGGGCGUCGCUGGCACUAAAUACUUGGAAAUGAAGUCAGUCGAUGAGGCAGCGGUGAGGAAAUCUCUCGCAGAUGCCCUCGAGCAGGGCAUCUCCUCCGUAGCUGUGGUGCUGGCCCACAGCUAUGCCUGUCCGGAGCACGAGCGUCGCAUCGGCGCCAUCGCUCGGGAGUUGGGCUUCAGCCACGUCACCCUCUCCCAUGAGGCCAUGCCAAUGUGCCGAUUAGUCGCUCGCGGUUACACAGCCUGUGCGGAGGCCUACCUGACACCUCAUGUGGAUCGCUAUUUGGCCAGCUUUAAGUCGGGUUUCGACAAUCAGUUGGAUGGCGUGGAUGUACUUUUUAUGCAGUCCGAUGGCGGUUUAACCAAUAUGGCCAACUUUCGUGGUGCACGUGCAAUACUUUCGGGGCCCGCUGGCGGUGUUGUGGGCUAUGCCAUAACUGGCUCACGAGAAACUGAACUACCUUUGAUCGGCUUCGAUAUGGGCGGUACUUCCACGGAUGUUUCCCGCUAUGCGGGAAUCUAUGAACAUGUUAUUGAGAGCACAACGGCCGGUGUAACGAUUCAGGCGCCCCAAUUGGACAUUAACACUGUGGCUGCUGGUGGUGGCUCGCGCCUUUUCUUCCGCUCAGGCCUCUUCCUUGUUGGCCCAGAGUCGGCCGGAGCUCAUCCAGGGCCCGCUUGCUAUAAAAAGGGCGGACCAUUGACAGUUACAGAUGCCAAUCUUAUACUUGGUCGCAUCUUGCCGCAAUAUUUCCCAAAGAUAUUUGGGCCGAAGGAGAACGAACCCCUUGAUUAUGAGAUUACCCGAACUAAGUUUGUGGAACUACAGACGGAGAUAAAUACGCACUUAAAGGCUUCUGGGGAUGAAAGGCAACUCAGCAUAGAGGAAGUGGCAUUGGGCUUCAUAAGAGUAGCCAACGAGACUAUGUGCAGGCCCAUACGCGCACUCACGCAGUCUCGAGGCCUAGACACAGCCCGUCAUGUGCUGUCCUGCUUCGGCGGAGCCGGGGGCCAGCAUGCGUGUGCCAUAGCCCGCGAUUUAGGCAUUGCGAAGGUAGUCGUCCACAAAUACGCUGGCAUCCUUUCCGCUUACGGUAUGGCUCUGGCUGAUGUGGUGCAGGAGGAACAGGAGCCUAGUGGGUUGGAGUUCUGCGAUAGCAAUGCGCAAGUCUUAAAGGAACGCAUAGAUGCCUUGGCCACUAAAUGUCAUGGCAAGUUAUCGGCUCAAGGGUUCCGGCAGAUCAAGCUCGAACCCUUCUUGCACUUACGUUACGAGGGCACAGACGGUGCUCUGAUGUGUGGUCCCACCACUGGGAAUCAAAGUCAAAACGUGUUAACGAGUGCUUAUGGCGACUUCUAUGCAACCUUCUUGGAGCGGUAUCGAACCGAGUUUGGAUUCGUGUUGCAGAAUCGUCGCAUUAUCGUCGAUGAUAUUCGUAUUAGAGGUCUGGGCAAGAACGAGACACCACCGGAGAAAUCCGUCCCCAGGGCGGCAGAUGUGACGCCGAUAUCGGAGGGCACAACCCCUAUUCAUUUUGAUCAGGGAGCCUUCGAUGCACUCAUUUAUUUGACCAAAAAUCUUUUAGCUGGUCAUAAAAUUGUCGGACCGGCCGUUCUUAUCGAUCAACUGUCGACGAUUAUUGUGGAGCCAGAGUGCAGUGCCAAUGUCACUGAUUGUGGUGACCUUGUCAUAGACGUCAAGACCGGCGGCAAGCUUGGAAUUAAUACUGAGCUAGAUCCUAUUCAUUUGAGUAUAUUUAGCCACCGAUUUAUGAGCAUCGCCGAGCAGAUGGGCAGAGUACUGCAGCGCACUUCCAUAUCCACGAACAUCAAGGAGCGCUUGGACUUCUCUUGCGCCCUUUUCGGUCCAGACGGUGGUCUCGUCAGCAAUGCACCCCACAUUCCAGUCCAUCUCGGUGCCAUGCAGGAGACCGUGCAGUAUCAACUCCGUGUACGCGGUGAGACGCUGAAAAAUGGUGAUGUCAUCCUCUCGAAUCACCCGCAAGCUGGAGGAUCUCAUCUCCCAGAUCUAACCGUCAUUACGCCAGUGUUCUAUGAAGGACAACCGAGAGCCGUUUUCUUUGUUGCUUCACGUGGCCACCAUGCUGAUAUCGGUGGCAUAACCCCCGGGUCGAUGCCACCACACUCUACAUCGCUGGCUCAAGAGGGAGCCGCUUUCAAGUCAUUCCUAAUUGUCGAAAAUGGCGUGUUCCAGGAGCAGAAGAUCAUUGAUCGCCUUACCACACCAACAGAAGCCAAGGGCGCAGUUGGAACGCGCAACCUCAGUGACAAUCUGUCUGACCUGAAAGCCCAAAUUGCUGCCAACCACAAAGGUAUUCAACUGGUGUCCGAGCUCAUCGGUAGCUACGGCCUUGAUGUGGUGCAGGCGUACAUGACGCACAUUCAACAAAACGCGGAGCUGGCAGUGCGGGACAUGUUGAAGCAAAUAGCUCGCGAUACUAUGGAACGUACCGGCUCCACGGUGUUGCAGGCAGAGGAAUUUAUGGAUGACGGUUCGCCAAUAGUCUUGCAGGUCACCAUCGAUCCCGAGCACGGCUCAGCAAUUUGCGACUUUACCGGCUCCAGCACGGAGGUGUGGGGUAACUGCAAUGCGCCGCGCGCCAUCACGUUAUCGGCGCUCAUAUACUGCUUGCGUUGCAUGGUUGGUCACGACGUUCCACUAAAUCAGGGCUGCCUGAAACCUAUCAAUGUGGUAAUUCCGAAGAACUCUAUACUGGAUCCCUCCGAUGGAGCAGCAGUGGUUGGAGGCAAUGUGCAGACAUCGCAGCGAGUCGUCGAUACGGUUCUAAAGGCAUUCCGAGUCUGUGGGGCCUCGCAGGGUUGCAUGAAUAAUAUCACCAUAGGUGAUGAGCAAUGGGGCUACUAUGAGACGGUUGCUGGCGGGGCAGGGGCUGGACCCGGUUGGAAUGGAGCAGGCGGUGUGCACACACACAUGACCAAUACACGUAUCACAGAUCCUGAAAUAUUGGAGCUCCGUUAUCCAAUGAUUCUAAAACGUUUCUGCCUACGCACGGACGAGUCUGGAGGUCGUGGAUUGUUUGUCGGCGGUGACGGCGUCGAGAGAGAUUUACUUUUCCGGAACCCCGUCACCUUGUCUGUAAUGACAGAGAGACGCACCCUACACCCAUACGGUAUGGCUGGCGGAGAGCCCGGAAAAUGCGGACUCAAUCGAAUCAUCAAGCACGACGGCCGGGUGAUUGCCCUCGCGGCCAAGACAUGCAUCGACGUCGAGGCGGGCGACACUUUUGCUAUGAAAACGCCUGGUGGUGGUGGAUACGGCUGCAGGGAAAGCUCCGACAAAGACAAAAGCUCUUAUGGAAAUCAAGGACAGGAUGCCAACCAAAGGUUUGUUGAAAGAGGAACUGUUUUCGAUUACCGUCAAGCACAGGAGUCCGCUUAGUUUUCCUAAUUGAAAUUUGUAAAUAAAUUGUUUGUAUGACUUAAGUUGUUGUCACGUUUUAACUGAAAUAUAAAUGAUGCUAUUAUAAA